UUGGGGAAUGUGGGGAUGGUUGAGUUGUUUGGGAUCAUGAGUGAUUUUGUAAUGAGGGGUUUGUUCCCUGUGUUAAUGUUAGUUGGAGCUGUCUGUUGCUCUGACACAUGGCAGCAAUUUUUGAACCAGAGGUUUCCAUGGGGAAUUGAGAGAGCCAGCCCUGUUCCUGAGAGAGUCCCUUCUCAUGGGGGUUCUAGGUUCCCAGUGUCUGAGGGUGUGAGUUUGUCCCCACUACAGACUGUGAUGGUGCAGUGUGGAGAGCACAACCUGCUGGUCAAGGCCCAGCUGGAUUUAUUUGGAACUGGGCACCUGAUUAAAGCUGCUGACCUGACCCUGGGGACAGUAGGUUGUCAGCUAACCAGGGUCUACCCUGAGAACCACACUGUCCUCUUUGAUUAUGGGCUGCAUGAGUGUGGCAGCAGAUUGCAGAUCACUGGGGAUUUCCUGAUCUACACCACCCACCUGACCCACACCCCAAACUAUCCUGGAUCUGUCAUUGUGAGAACCAAUGGGGCUGUUGUUCCCAUUGAGUGUCGUUAUUUGAGGAAGGGCAAUGUGAGCAGUAACCCCAUCAAUCCCACCUGGAUCCCAUUCAGCUCCACCAGGUCUGGAGAAGGCCAUCUGUCAUUUUGCCUCCUGGACAGCAUAGCUGAGGACUCCUUUUCAACCUUUGUGUUGCCGGGAGACGGGCGGGAGCUUGACAAGCUCAGGUUUGACCUGGAUGCGUUUCGUUUCUAUGGUGAUGAGCAUUCCUUGAUUUUCAUCACCUGUCACCUGAAAGUUGCUGCAGUGGAUCAGGGAGAUUCCAGGAACAAAGCUUGUACUUUCCAGAAGCUGCAGAAUAUCUGGACCCCAUUGGAGGAAUCUGACAGUGACAUUUGUGCCUGUUGCCAUGUGGGGAACUGUGGGAGCACAAGGGAGAUCCUGUUCCCCUCCAGAGGAAGGAGAGACCUUGGUCCUGAAGCUGAGAAUGAAGCUGGAUUCAAGUGGGAAGGGGAGGCCUCACUUGGCCCCCUGAUCAUCCUGGAUACUAGGGUGACCAACUUGGCAACUGAGCCCCUGCCUGAGGUUGAAGUAAGGAUACAGGAGAGGUCUCCAGGUGUGGAGUUGGUUGUGUUGGUGACCCUGACUGUGACAGUGGUCUGUCUGAUCUCUGCUUCAUUGCUGGCCUUGGUCCUGUACAGGAAACACAAGCGAACACCCAUCAACCUGUGAUGACACAGUCAAUAAAGCAGUGAUUCAUGGU